UAAAAGACUUAAACGCACGAAUUCGGCGUGUUUCGCAUUUACACGCUUUCAACUUUCAUGUUAUUUCAUCGAACAUUAAACAUACACGCACACUCUCUAACCGCAAUAAUAACAAGAAAACCAACGCAUCCUCUUUUCGUGUCCUAAAAUCCCACAAAACCUCGCGCCUAGUUUUUAGCUCUCUUACCUUCAAUCUGCAAAUUCUUCACUUGUUUAGAUCUUUCUUAUUAUUCCUCCGAUUGCCCACUUUUUGUUUCUAGAUUUUCUUUGCAGGUGUAAUGUAGUUUAGAGCAAGAGAGAUGGCGGGACAGGUGGUGAAAGUCAAGAGGGAAAUAAUAGAGGCAUGCAUGACAUGUCCUCUUUGUAAGAAGCUGUUAAGGGAUGCUACCACUAUUUCUUUGUGUCUCCAUACGUUCUGCAGAAAAUGCAUAUAUGAAAAGCUCUCAGAUGAAGAAGUAGACUGCUGUCCUGUAUGCAAUAUUGACCUGGGCUAUCUGCCUGUGGAGAAGCUGAGGCCAGACCAUAAUUUGCAAGAUAUAAGGGCCAAAAUAUUUCCUUUUAAAAGAAGAAAAAUUAAGGCCCAUGAAGUUAUGCCUUCAAUUGCAUUGCCAGCAAAAAGAAAGGAGAGAUCAUUAUCAUCAUUAGUGGUUAGUACUCCCAAGGUACCAAUGCAAACUGGCUUGACAGGGAGGAGAUCUAAAGCUAGUGCAAGAAAGGCUGCUGCUUCACGAUGCAGCUUUAUUGUUGAUGAAUCCAAUAAGAAAGAAGAUUCUGCAGAAGAUAAUCCAAUCAGCUCAAGCUCGCCUGAGUCUCCUAACAAAAUUGUGCAAAAUAAAAGGCAGGAUUCUUCUGUGGCUGAUUCUUUAAAUUCACAAAGGCAUAAACAAGAACCAGAAGAUGAUCUAGAAAUAACAGAAGGCAAAGCUGAUUUAUGGACUCCCUUAAAUUGUCUUGUCGAAGCUGCUAACAGAAGCAAGUCCUCUAAGUCAAAUUCACAAGGGUUAUCUCUUGCCAAAACGGAACUACUUGGUGCGCCUGAUUGUGAAUUUCAGUCACCUGGAACAAAGUCCAGGGCUGGAUCGCCCAAUGGUUAUUUCAGUGAAGUAUAUAUGACUAAAACUAAAAAUAAGGAGUAUGGGCAGGAUAUGAAGGUCCAUGAUGAAAAAAAUGGGGCAAAUUCACUUCAUGCAUCAGUUAAGCGUAGAAGAUUAACAGCAUCACGGAAAAGGGCUGCUAUGUCUGAAGAGCUCAGUGCCUCAGCACAAGUCAUGCUAGACGCUGCAUGUGCUAAGAAUAACAGAAGAAAUUGUCCGGUUUGGUUCUCAUUAGUUGCCUCUGAAGAUCAGAAAGGAGAUGCCUCCUUGCCGCAGAUAUCUUCAUGUUAUUUGAGGAUUAAGGAUGGUAAAAUGCCUGUCUCAUUCAUUCAGAAGUAUCUUGUAAAAAAACUUGAUCUUACAAGCGAGGCUGAGGUUGAAAUAAUGUGCCGGGGUCAGCGAGUACUUCCAACUCUGCAAUUACACAACUUGGUAGACUUGUGGUUUCGGACAGCCUCAACAUCAAAAAAGGUACCAGCAUUGGUGGGUUCCUCAGCCAAGGACUUCAUAAUGGUACUAUCAUAUUGUCGAAAGGUUCAAGCUUCUUAAAUAAUAUAGAAAUCUUGGCAGUUUCAAUCAUUUACAUCUCUUCGGACAGCAAAAUAUACUGGAUCUUGAGAAGCAAAAGCUGUAUGCUCUGACUAUUGGAUCCCUCAAAUACUAGGUUACAAGCAUGCAAUUACAUGUAUCGAUUUAUUUUAUCGGAUGGUCACAUCAUUUACGGAUUAUAUUUUCUAUGUACCAUUGUUCUUUAUAUCAAAUUACUUAUUGCUCUCUACCCAAA